ACUGAUUUCGUCUCAAAUUUAGCUACCGGAUACUCGUUUUAUUUUUGUAAGCGUUACCGGAAGUGGCGUGAUUAACCACGUGUAACUUGUCAAAGAGGUGCGGACAGAGGACUGUCUUCAGCGGCGCUCAGACCAAAGUGAGCCCGCACGGAGGAAGCAUCUCGCGGCGUGGAUUCAAGUCUUCCUCCCGGCCGUCAUGGAUCCUCCACCGGCUCGCGUCCACAUUUUCACCGGAUAAAAAUACACAACUUUGGACCUUUUUUCAAUUUUCAAUCGGUGUGUGUCAUCAUGGGACUCCCGUUGGUCCGGUGCGCUCGGCCCGGUGGUUCCGUGCGGGCUUGAUGGAAAGCAUGUCCCCGCAGCAGGGCGUCAUGGUCCGGGAGGGCUGCGAGUCUGUGGCCGGGAGCAGCAAGACCACCCCGGACAGUAAAAAGAAGAUGAAGUCGCUGGCCCACAGGAGACAGUCUGCACCCUCACUGGUCCUCAGCAAGGCUCUGACCAGGUCCAGGAGCACGUCCAGAGACAGCUGCCUGACGCCACUCAGUCCAGAGUCCUGCGCCUUGGUCCAGACCUUCUUGUCUGACUGUCCCACCAGAGUCUUCCUGGGUCACGUCCAGACCCAACUGAAGACCGGCCUCCAGACUCAGGACAGACACCUCUUCCUCUUCAGUGACAUCCUCCUGGUCACCAAGGCCAAGUCUCCCUCUCACUUCAAGGCCAAGGCGCAGGUGCGAGUGUGUGAGAUGUGGACGGCCGGCUGCACGGAGGAGGUGUGUGAGGGCAGCACCAGCCCAGAGAGGAGCUUCGUCAUGGGCUGGCCCACCUGCAACUGCGUGGCCACCUUCAGCUCGGAGGAGGACAAGGAGACGUGGCUGGCGCUCAUCCAGAGUGGGAUCAGCGAGGGAAAGCGGAGUGACGACCCCAAGACCGUCCCGCUGAAGAUAUUUGCCAAGGACAUCGGAAACUGUGCUUACGCCAAGACUCUGGCAGUCAACAACACAGACACCACCAUCGACGUCAUCCGCACCGCUCUGAUGCAGCUGGGGAUAUCGGGCAGCGUGAAGGACCACAGGCUGUGGGUCAGCUCCAGCAAGGACGAGCCGCCAUACCCGCUCAUCGGACACGAGUUCCCCUUCAGCAUCAAGAUGAGCCACGUGCGAGACGGCCCCACCAGCCCCGCCAGCCCCGCGGACUGUCCCGAGGUCCUGCUCCUGGAUCAGUGCCUGCCCCCGGACACCCAGUGCCAGUUCAUCCUCAGACCCAGCAAGGUCAGCCAAAGUCCGGCUGCAUUCACAGACGGUGCUCAGCCCAAGUCGUUCAAGAGGAAAAGGUCCCUAAUCAACUGGCCCUUCUGGAAAGGAUCCAGCACCCAGCUGGACGCCCUGCCCCCCCUCAGCCCCACCUCGCCCUCACCCUCGCCCACCUCGGGUCGUCUCUUCGGGCGAGCGCUCAGCUCCGUCUGCUCGGCGGACAGCGGGCUGCCCAAGCCGGUCCUGGACAUGCUGGUCUUCCUCCAGGCCGAGGGCCCCUCCACCAGGGGCGUCUUCAGGCGCUCGGCGGGGGCCAAAGCCUGCCGGGAGCUGCGCGACAGACUGGACGCGGGGACGGACGACCCCGAGAUCGCUCGCCAGUCCGUGUUUGUGGUGGCUGCCGUGCUGAAGGACUUCCUGCGGAGCAUCCCGGGCAGCCUGCUGUGUGGCGAGCUCUGUGAGCAGUGGACAAACGUCAUGGACUUGGAGGGAAGUGAUCACAUGACCCGCCAAAUACACAGGUUGCUCCGCCUCCUCCCCGAGGAGAACCUGCUGCUGCUGCGCCACGUGAUGGCGAUGCUGCACCGUAUCCAAGGCAACGCCCGCGACAACCAGAUGAACGCCUUCAACCUGUCCGUCUGCAUCGCUCCCAGCAUGCUUUGGGCCCCCACGCCCCACAUGGAGGGGGAGGGCACCAAGAAGGUGUGCGAGCUGGUCUGCUUCCUCAUCGACAACUGCACGGCGGUCUUGGGCGAUGACGUCACUUCCUUGUUUGCGGCCUUCAGCCAGCAGGGCGGCAGCAGCGAGCACGGCUCUGACGUGUCGUCCUUCCAGACCAACGACUCGUCCUACGACAGCCUGGAGAACGAGCUGAACGACGACCCCGAGUCGCCGUGCCGGGAGCAGCUUCCCCUCCGCGACACGCCCGACAGCCGCAGCCGCGACUCCGUCAUCACGCUGAGCGACUGCGACCCCGACGCUGAGGGCGACGUGCCGCCGGAGCUCCCCGCACCGGCCCGGCCGCGCCGCUUCAGCCCCGCCGUCCGCCAGCCGCGCUCUCGCCACGCCAACGGGGCGUUGUCGUCGCAGGGCGCCGGGAGGAGGCCCCGCCGGAGCUCGGAGCCGGCGCUGGCCUCGGCUCCGCCCACCAUGGCUGUUAUCCGUGCGGAGGCGCCGCUACGAAAGGCGAGCUACGACGCCGCCAUAGACGGGGAAGGCGAGGAGGAGGCGGAGGAGUUUUUGGAGAAAAGUCUGAAGGGACUGAACUUGAACGUGGAAAGAGACGGGAAGGGUGGAGCUAAAGUCGCGGGUAGCGGGCGGAGGAAAAGCAAACAUGCGCCCCCGCCUCCUCUGCGACUCCACGCCAGCUGCUCCAGUCUGUCGUCGCCGGCAACCUCCCCCACUGGCUCCUCCCUAAGCUCUCUGGACUCCGCCUUCUCGCAGUACUCCACGGACUACGCCGUCCCCACCCAAAGGUCACCCGCGUGCUCCCCGCCCGGUCAGACUGCUCCGCCCUCCCACGGCGCCCACCCCAACACCUGGCUCACGAAGGACCGCCGCCUGUCCCUGAAGCAGCCCGCCAACGGACACGCCCACGAGGGCGCCGGCGCCCAGGUGGUGGGCCGGCGGCGCUCCAGCAGCCCGCCGUCGUACCAGCAGGCGCUGCUCCAGCUGCGGCACGCCUCGCCGUUCUUCAGAGGGGCGGAGAAAACUCUGACGGUCCGAGAGCUCAGGCUCCUUCAGGACCAGGCCACGCCCCCCGCCGCCCAGCCCCCGACGGGGGUCUUCUACGGACAAAACGCCACAACGUUGGUCCUCAAGCGCCGCAAGUCCCACUCUCUGGCUCCGCCCACGGAGGCGCGCCCGCUGAGCAAGACACUUCCACGCCGCGCGUCCGAGCCCGCCAAAAUGGACGCCCGCCGGCCCAGCGCCACCUUGGACAGACCUCGUUCCCGCAAAGCUGCGCCCCCAGACGGCGUGUUGAGAGCGUCUGACGUGGAGCCUCAGCACGCCGAGUCGCGCUUCUGCCUGUCGCCCUCCGCCGACCGCGCCGUGCGGGACUACUUCUCCUCGGACGCGUCGGGCGGCGGGCGGCGCGGCCAGGAAGUGGCGCUGGCCGUCACGCAGGCCAAGAGGGCGUGGCAGACUCGGCAGCGCGGCGAGCCGUCAUUGGACGACUUGGAGCAGCUCUUCUUCGCCGAAGAGUCGUACGUCUGACCAGGAAGUAGCGCUCAGUGGGAGGUCCUUAAAGGUACACGCGCUUCCUGCGUCCUCGCUGCCAUUUGCCAGCACAUGCCGCCAAAAUAAGAGCGCGAGAGACUCUCGGAAACUGCCAACAGGAAGGACGAAUCCUGAGAGACCAGACGCCACAAAACAUUCACGGAUGUUGCCGCCAAAAUAAAAGCUUCUCUUUUAGCACAUGAACAUUCCGCUUUUAUUCAUAUUUUUUAUUAAGCUUUUAUUUUGUACCGGAUGGCAUAUGGAAAGACUUUUAGUAUUUAUUAGGAUCGGUCCCCAUGGUUACCGACUUCAUCUUGUAUAUGACAAAUAUUAUGGUAUGUCACUUAUCAUAUUUAUGAGGCAGAAAUAUCAAAUCUAUGUAUUUUUGUACUUUGUGCUGCUGUCGCCAUGGAAACUAGAUUUGCUACAUCAAAAUGUACGAGCAUCUGGCUUUCAAUAAAUGUCU